AUGAGAACCACCAUAUUACUCGCAUUUAUCGCCGUGGCUGCAGCAAUGCGCGAUCAGUCGAUCGCCGUCCGUGGCAAGCUCCUAUGCGGCUCGAAACCCGCUUCUAAUGUAAGGGUGAAGCUGUGGGAGGAAGAUACUGGUCCCGACCCUGACGACCUUCUCGACCAAGGGUACACAGACACGAAUGGCGAGUUCCAACUCUCGGGUGGCACCGCUGAACUCUCUCCCAUAGAUCCAGUUUUCAAGGUGUAUCACGACUGUGACGAUGGAAUUAAGCCUGGAUACAGAAAAGUUAAAUUUGCGCUUCCGAAGUCGUAUAUCACCAACGGAAAGACUCCAAAGAAAACCUUCGAUAUAGGAGUUCUAAACCUUGAAACGAUCUUCGCCAAAGAGGAGAGGGAAUUCAUUGUGUCCAGAAUGAGAAGAGGAGGUGUCAACGAAGAAUACCUCGAUCCCGAUGCGCUCAAAAGUAGUGAGGACACCAGACAGCAGUACUUUCUAUGGGAAAAAGUCUGA